GCAGCUGCCUGUCAAAGUCUUGUGCGGUGGGCCGCGUGCAGCACUGGGGCGCGAUCAGCGCAGUGUGGACUGUGAAGCACAUGCUCGGACGACCUCAAAAAGCAGCACGUUGAUGCACAUCACCACAGUCUUCCUUCUCUUGCACAAGACAUCCUUGCCCGACAAGUAGCCCGCUCGCACUGACACCAAGUCGGCUGAGACGCAGGCAGGCUGGGACGCCUGCGUUCACGCUCUCCGGCACACUCAGUCGCCAAGCCGGGCACUCGCGUUCGCGCAGCGCGCAAGCAUGAGCGGCCUCGCAGAUGGGGGCAUGGGCUUCGUUGGCGGCGGAGGUGGGGGUGGUGGCAUGGGCAGCGCGGGAGGAAACAUGCUGCAACCCUUGCCUCAAGCUGGGAAUGGAAUGGGGGGAGCUGCCGCUGGUGGACCAGGCGUUGCUGGUGCUGGCAUGGGCUUGAAUGGUGCAGGCGGGGGCGGUGGCUGUAUGGGCUCCGGGAGCGGAGCUGGAAGCAACCAAGAUACUUCAAGCAAUGGCCAAUCAGAAUACACGCUCGCUGGCAUCCUGCACUACUUGCAGAGCGAGUGGAGACGCUACGAGAGGGACAGAAACGAAUGGGAGAUCGAACGGGCAGAGAUGAGAGCCCGUAUCGCUCUUCUCGAGGGCGAGCGUCGAGGAAUCGAGAACCUCAAGACCGAUCUUAUGCGGAGAGUCAAAAUGCUCGAGUACGCCCUUCGGCAAGAAAGAUCCAAAUACUUUUCUUCAUCAGGCAACGCGCCUUCUGCGGCUGCAGCCGCAGCAGCAGCUGCCAAGCACGCCUUGGGCGAGAGGAGCGCUUCUGGGAGUGGUCGAACUUCACCAUCUAGGAGCGAUGCAGAGGCAGAUGUGGGAGCAGCACAUGUCAAGGCUGGCUCGACGCUGUCCUUGACGCCCUCCAUCCUCGGUACCCUCAAUGGCACCGGUCCAGGAUCCGAUGCUGGCAGCACCAAAGGAGGGACUUCUUCGCUCAGUCGCCAGCUCACUAACAGCGCCAAGGAUCCGCGAUCGCGCGCAAAGAGCAGAUACUAUCUCAAACAAUGCUUGCAAGAGAUCAAUUACCUUACCAGCGUCAGCGUGCUCAACCCUCUCCCCGAUCGCGGGAUCGAGUCAAUGGUUGGUGCACAGUAUGGAAGUACCCCCGGUCCUCCUCGUCCGCGCCGGACAGUCGGUGACAACUACAACAGUCCACUGCUCGGUCACCCGAGCGAAGGCGCCGCGGCUUCCCUACCAUCUCCGUCUUCGUACAAACGCUCUCCGUUGGGCCAGGGCAGCUUCAACGCAUUGCACCAGCAGCCGGACGCAGAGUUGGGCCGCGCACGAUCGCUGACGAGCAAAGCGCCCUACAACCAGGAGCCGCUGAUGGAGGCCAAUGAGCCCAACGCCGGGGAAGAAUUGUCUCAGCCCGCCGAGAUUGUACCUUCUUCAAAUCCGUCUGGCGUUGCAGCAGGAGCAGUAGGACAGGGCCAUCCGACCAUCGAGAUCGGCAAGCCGUCCUCUCCGCCAUCGUUUACGACCGACGCGCCGUAUGACGCGCCGCCCAAGUCCCCGGCGAUGGGCACCACGCCACUUCCCAACGGAGGAAGCGUCGAGCCGUAUGUGACAGAUCGCGACUCAGACUCCUCAGCGACGAGCAGGAGCUGGGGCUCCUUCUCCUCGGGCGAAGAGUCCGAAGGCGGCUUUCCCGACGCCUCAUCUGCUCCCUCAGUUUCUGUAGCAGGAGCAACAACGGCAGUGUCGCCAUCGACAACAUCGACUUCAGUCCCUCCUGCAGACAACGACGACGAGGACCACGAGGCGGAGCAGGUCACCGCCAUUUUUCGUCCCGGCGCGGGAGGCGCCGCAGACGGGGAUUGGAAGAAGCUGAAGGAGGAGGCGCAGAAGCAGCGUGAGCGGCGCGAGCAUGAGCGCAGGGCUGGGAAGGCUGGCGCAGGUUCAGCAGCAGCAGCCGCAGGGGUAAAUGCGCAGAUGACCCUCACGUCCGACAAAACGGAGCAGGCAAAGGUGGCUGCGGCUGGACGUUUUAGCAAUGAUGAUGAGCUGGCCAAUCUUACCCUUCACGAUACGGAUGACGAGGCUGCUGCGGAGGCCAAAGCGGCCAAUGAAUCUUCUGAUGUGCAGCUUUGGAAAUCGAAGCGCAUCCUAAGGAGCCAUCUCGAUGCUGUGCGAUCAAUCGCAUUCGACGGAUCGAAUCUGGCACUGGUCUCCGCUUCGGACGACAACACGCUGAAGUACUGGAGCAUCGACCCGACGACGACGCAGCCGAGCUUGAAGCUUUUUGCGGACGCUGACUCGAUCAUCACGUAUCGUGGUCACUCGGCUGCCGUGACGAGCGCGAUCGUGUCGACGCAGCAGCGGCGGGCGUAUAGCAGCAGUCUCGACGCGACGAUCCGCGUCUGGCGUCUGCCGCGCCACGACAGCGUGCCGUACCUGCCAUUCGAUCCGAACACGGAAGAAGCGACGCUUGUCGGGCAUACGCAGGCCAUCUGGGAGCUCUGUCUGCUGCCGGACCGCUCGCAGAAUGAGGUGCUGCUCGCGUCCGCCAGCGCAGACGGGACGGUCAAAUUGUGGGACACACAGAAUCUCUCCUCGGCGCUCAAACUCAGCUGGGACUACUUUGGCAGCGAGCCGGAUACCGUGGCUGAGAAGGAGCGGCGCAAGUUCCAGGCGCAGGGCAAAGAGUUGCCCGUGCCUACGUCCAUAUCGCCGUGCCCAGCCAACUUACGCGUCUGCGCGGUCGCGUACAGCAACAGCGUUGUCAAGCUGUUCGAUAUCGAGUCCGGUCAGCAAGUGCUGCAGAUGCACAGCGACGCCACGUAUGACGGCACACCUGCAACGCAGAUCAACAAGGUCGUCGCGCACCCGACGUUGCCGUUGCUCAUCACUGCCCACGAGGACCGAUACAUUCGCACAUUUGACUUGGACACUGGCACGUGCACGUUGUCUAUGCAAGGGCACCAGGAUGCUGUCACAUCACUGGACAUCGACCCGGCUGGUCUGACACUCGUAUCUGGUGGACAUGACUGCAGCGUCCGCUUCUGGGACCUGGUCAGUGGACCAGCUGCCCAGGCUGCUGCCGAAGGAAGCAACAGCGGCUCCAAAGUCAUGAACAAGGACAAGGAAGCAGCUGCCGCGGGCAACAAUGAUGCCACUGCUACUGGAGCCAAUGGCAACGUUGGCGGCGCGGCGGUAUGCGUGCAGGAGAUCUCAGCGCACCGCAAAAAAGCGGGCGAAGGCGUGGUGGCUGUCAAGUACCAUCCCUCGGCACCGUUCUUUGCCAGCGCUGGCGCCGAUGGGAUCAUCCGCAUUUACGGGUGAUGGGGAAUCGCAAUGAAAGAAAACAUCCAAACCGAUGUAGUAAUAGAGGUGCAAAUGUAAUUCGCUUCUUCAACGAG